AUGUGGACUAAAAAAGCUAUACACAGACUGAAAAGUCUGAUCAAAUUAAAUAAUGCUCAAUUUGUUGCUAUCUUUGAGCCUUUUAUUGACAAAAAGAAAAUAGAGGGUUACAAGAAAUUUUUGGGAUUCCAAAAUUGCUUAAGUAAUGAUAUUGGUCAGAUUUGGUGUUUCUGGAGCACGAACUUUCAAGCUACAGUGAUAUCCAAUAAAGAUCAACAAAUUACUCUUGCUUAUGUUACAGCAGUGUAUGCCAAGUGCACUGCCCUUGAAAGACAAGAACUAUGGGAUGACCUAACUGAUAUUUCAAAUCAGAUUCAAAGUGGUUGGUGCAUUGGAGGUGACUUCAAUGUCAUUCUCGAGCCUUCUGAAAAUAUAGGUGGAAAGAUUCAUAGAGCUUAUAAAAGCUUUGAUUUUGCUGCAUGUAUGAAUAAAUGCGGCUUGGAAGAUGCAGGAUUUGUUGGUUCAAACUACCCCUGGUGCAACAAUAGAAGACUAGGGAAAAGGAUCUGGAAGAGGCUGGACAGAAUUAUUAUUAAUGAUAAUUGGCUCCAGAGGUUCAAUAAUGUUACGGUCAGACAUCUUAGUAGGACAGGCUCAGAUCAUAGGCCUCUUCUAUUAAAAUGUUAUGACAGUAAUAAUGAUGUUAUCAAACAUUUCAGGUUUCGUCAUUUUUGGGUGGAACAACCUGGUUUCCUGGAUUUGGUGGGGCAAGAUUGGCAAAUAGAAGUAAAAGGGAAUCCUAUGUGGAUUUUGCAACAAGAACUCAAAAGAUUGGGAAAAAGACUCUCUAAGUGGUCUAGAGAAGACAUUGGUGACAUUUUCCAGAAAGUGGAAGAAUGUGAAGCUACAUUACAACAAUUGGAAGAUGUUGAUGCAAUAGAUAAGAAUGAACAGUCCAGAACAGAGCUAAAUAAGGGUCAGGCUGAAUACGUUCAAUGGAUGGCUAUGCAAGAAGCUCUCCUCGAACAAAAAGCCCAAAUCAAAUGGUUUGAGGAGGGAGAUAGCAAUACAAGGUAUUUUCAUAAUGUGAUCAAAGACAGAAGAAGAAGACUGCAGCUUCACAAAAUCAAGAAUAGUAAAGGGAAAUGGUUACACUCUGAUGAGAAGAUCUCCAAUUCGGCUAUCAGACAUUUUAAGAGGAUCUUCAACCUACCUGAAUCUGCUGUGGAUGACAACAUUUUCUCCUGCAUUCCUAAAAUUAUCACUGAUGACGAUAACGUUAUGUUGUCUAAGAUCCCAAUAGAAGAAGAGAUUAAAAAUACUAUUUUUGACAUGAGCUCCACUACUAGUCUUUGGGCCUGA